GAAAUAAAAGUGAUUCUCCAAGAAAAAAAAAGACCAAUGAUUAUCGAACAACGUUAAACGAACAGUUCAAACGAUAUAGAAAUUCGAUUAAAUAAAUACGUAAUAUCUGGAUAUUAGUCCCAAUACUCAAUGUUCACGGUCCAACAUCAAAGUUUGGUUCCAUUUCCAGUAUUUUAACGUAUUAACGAACACCUUUGUUUGGAAAUAUUGAUGCAAUGACUUAUUGUGAAAAACCCAAACCGGAAAACAUCUUGUUUACACAGGAACAGGAAGUUGACUGUGCUGCACUGAAAUGAAGGCGACAACAGAGGCUUUUAUGUCUCCAGUGACUUUCAUUUUGUCUGUUUGCGAUGAAAGGAUUGCAGGCAGUGUUUUUGUUCGUGUUGCUGUGAUGAAACGUCUGAAAUUAUUUUGCUCUGCUGCUAAAAGAAAGAUGUUCUGACAAAAUGGAGAGCGGCAAACAGAACCGUGAGUGGCCUCAGUGGAUCUGCCAAUCAAAGCAGGUGUUUAAAAGUCCGGACCAAGCUGCCGAUGUUCUGCGUGGUCUCAGUGAGCAGCGGUACCAGGACCAGUUUUGUGAUGUGGUGCUGGUGGUCCAGGACCAGCGUGUUCCUGCUCACCGCGCCCUGCUGGCCACCUGCAGUCAGUACUUCCAGGCCAUGUUUACACUGGGCAUGAAGGAGGAGCGACAGCAGGUGGUGGAGCUGGUUGGAAUGUCCUACCUGGGUUUGAAGGCUGUGGUGGACUUCCUGUACAGCGGUGAACUUCCACUGGACGGAGGAAACAUUGACAACGUCCUUGAAGCUGCUCACCACCUGCAGGUUUGGCGAGCGGUGGAUUUCUGCUGCGAGUACAUGGAGAAGGACUUGAACGAGGAUAACUUCCUGUACCUGCAGGAACUGGCGCUGCUCUACAGUCUGGAGCGUCUGGACGCCUUCAUCGACAGGUUCAUCCUGGAACACUUCUCCACCCUCUCCUCCACCAUAGAGUUCCUGGACAACGUCUCUGUCCACAAGCUGUCCUCCUACCUGUGCAGUGAUCAGGUGCAGCACCAAGGAGAGCAGAUGCUCCUAAAGGUGGCGCUGCAGUGGCUCAACCAGACCCCAGAGAGAAGCGUCCACGCCCGACUGCUGCUCUCCCACAUCCACUUCCCCCUGAUGGAGCCGGUGGAGCUGGUGGACCUGGUGCUGCCGGCGCUCCGGUCUCUGCCGCUGACGGAGGAGUCCGACUGCCAGGACCUGGUGGAGGAGGCGCUGGAGUACCGCUCCAGGCCCAGCGCUCAGCCGCUGCUGCAGACGGAGAGGAGCAGGCUGAGAGGAGGAGAGGAGCAGCUGCUGCUGUUUGGAGGAGAGGUUUCUGAAGCAGCCAGUGAGGAGCUGACGGCUCACGUUGGACGUCUGGACGCCGAAACAGGAAGUUGGGUGGCGGAGACGGAGCUGCCGGUCCGACAUAGCCACCACUGCGUGGCCGUCCUGGGGGGGUUUGUCUUUGUGGCGGGAGGCAGUUUGAGCAGAGACAACAGUGAAGACUCCAUCUCCAACCUGCUGUACAGAUACGACCCCCGACACAAACACUGGACCAAGUGCUGUCCCAUGAACCAGAAGAGAGUGGACUUUUACCUGGGGUCAGUGGGUCAGCGUCUGAUAGCCGUGGGAGGCAGGAACGACUCCCCCCUGUCCUCCGUGGAGGUCUACUGUCCUGCUGACGACAGCUGGUCCUACGUGGCGCCGCUGCCCAGGUUCACCUACAGCCACGCGGGGACGGUCCACGACGGUCUGGUCUACGUCUCCGGAGGACACGACUACCAGAUCGGCCCGUACUGCAAGGACCUGCUGAGCUACGACGUGUCCAAGGACGGCGAGUCUUGGGUGGAACGUCAGCCCAUGUCGGUGCCUCGGGGCUGGCACUGCAUGGCCUCGCUGCACCACCUCAUCUACGCCAUCGGAGGCAGCAACGACCACGAGGACACGGCCGAGCGCUACGACAUCCUGCAGGUGGAGUCUUACGACCCGCGCCAUGACCAGUGGACGCAGGUAUCGUCACGGCUGCCGCUGCCCAAUAGCGAGGCGGCUGUGGCAGUGUGGGCGGGGAAGAUCUACGUGCUGGGGGGCUACAGCUGGGAGGAGAUGGUGUUCUACAGAAGUACGCAGAUCUACGACCCCCACAGAGGCUCCUGGUCCAGAGGACCAGACUUACCCAGGAACACAGGUGGAGCAGCGGCGUGCGUUUGCACCGCCAGGACCUCGACGUCACCACACAAGAAGAAGGGACAGAGAAACACAGAACAGUCCGAUCCUACGUAACCACGGAGUCGCUAACGUUUUCUUACAGUGAAAUUAAAGUUUAUUUAAAAAUGUUACAGUAAAGAGAAACAGUUCUAGAACCGACUUCACUGGUGACGGUGUUAAAGGGAUAUUGCAAGUUUUAAUGUGUAUGUCAUCAAAAUAAAAUAUCUGCUGCCUCCUGUG